AUGUACGAGGUUCAAUGCGCGAACGUCAAGUCACGGGAAAGUACGCGACGGAAAGCGAACACGUUCUAUGCUGGGGACGUCAGACAGGUUGCUGACAUGGCUGGGGUGACUGUGAUCUGCGCCACACCGAAGGCCUUGAAAGAGGCGUACUUGGCAAUCAUGGGAUUGCGCAAGAGAAGACGCUGGGCCCGGAGUGGUGUGUCCGAGUCGCUCAACAACCUGGCGGGGUGCUUGGAGAGCCAGGGCAAGCACGAAGAGGCCGAGCCUCUGUACAGACGCUCGCUCGCCAUCGAUGAGGAAGUCUACGGUCCUGACCACCCGGAAGUCGCUACAGACCUCAACAACUUGGCGGGGUUGUUGGAGACACAAAUCAUGACAAGCGUGGUGAGACAGAGCCACUCUGUGAACAGCCACGAGCCCUCGACCGAUGUUCUGGGCCUGAGGCAGCCGGAUGUCGCCCAGGGCAAGUAUGAAGAGGCCGAGCCUCUGCACAGACGCUCCCUGGCCAUCGAUGAGGAAGUUUACGGUCCUGACCACCCGAACGUUGCUACAGGUCUCAGCAACUUGGCGGGGCUAUUGGAGAGCCAGAAAGUUUACGAUCCUGACCACCCGGAAGUCGCUACAGACCUCAACAACUUGGCGGGGUUGUUGGAGACCCAGGGAAAGCACACAGAGGCAGCGUCGCUCUUGGAAAGGGCCCUGACAAUCAGGAUAGAUAAACUUGGAGAAGACCACCCACACACCAUGAGCACCCGGACACUCUUGCAACAGGUGAGCGCAAUGGGCAGCGCAGCGUCGCCUGGUUCUUCUGCGGAACCAUCCGACGACGACGCGAGCAGCGCGACAGGAGGCAUUGAAGAAGUAAAAGCCAUGUAUAGGUAA